GAGUGUUUGUUUACAUGGAGCUCCAGUGUGCUAUCACGAGACAUGGCGUUGUUGUCUAGACUGUUUGGUGGUAGAAAGAAAAGUGCAUUAAAGCCUCUGAAAGGAUAUGAUAAUGUACCAGAGUUUAAUCCCUGGCAGCCGGUGGCCUUGGAGCCAGACCAGGUCACUGUCCUGGUCUAUCGGGAAUGUGAGGUACGAGGCAGGAGGCUGCUCUUUGACUCAUCCACCGUCCUGCUGGUGCCCUGCGGAAGUGGCACGACAGAACACGCUGGCCUCAUUGAGGUGGAAAAUGACACAGGCUUCAAAUACACUCGCCAACGUCCGGACGCCAAACAGCUGGGAGAGAUGGUGUUUGGUACAGUGGCAAUGGCCUAUGGAGGACCCACAUGCAAGGUGCACAUUGUCAGAGGCGCGGAGGGUGCCGAUCCGAGCUGUUCCCCGGAUACGAUGAUGAUGAGCCGGGUGUUCCCACUGCGCCAGCCGGUCCGCCGCGCCAGAACUCACGGCAGCAGCGGUACGAGUCUGGACGACUCGUGUAGCUCGACCGGCAGCGAGCUGUCCCUGCUGCGACUGGACGUGGCCGGUCUGCCGUCACCGCACCACCCCAGGUCGUCCAGCAUGGACUGUCCGCCGCCGGCGGGCCGCCUCAGCGAGGACUCUGGCCUGAGCAGUGUCGACAGCUUCAUGGGACCGCCGUCCUACAUGCCGACGCCGUACGGAACGCCGCUGUCGGCCCAGGGCUCCGGGGCCUCGCUCGGUUCGCACGGCUCUCUGCACCGCUCAGCCCGUCUGCGUCCCAUUGGCUCCUCGGACCUAAUGUUGACGUCACGCGAUGACGCACCGUGUCUGCGUAUGACGUCACGCGCCGCCCGCCUGGCAGUGGUCGUCCUGGUGACACUGGCUGGGCCGGCGCGAAGUGUCCUGGAGGACACGCUCCUCCAGUACUCGCUGCAGCUGGAGCACCUCCUGGCGCGCCUCCAGCACACGGUGGAGCGCGCCUACCACGGCCGGAGACACUUUGUGAGGACCGUCCACCAGGCUACAGCCGUCACCAAACAGGACUUGCUAAACCUCCUGACGGCCCGACGUCUACCGCGUCCCGUCUGGCUGGGUCUGACGUCAGACUCGGUGACGUCACGUCAGCGUCAGCGAUUGGCCGAGCUGUUCGUGUCGGAGCUGACGUCACUGAUCGCGGAGCUGGACACCAAGGAACACAACUGCUUCAUGUCGACACUCCUCACGGCCGUCCUAACGCACCACCUUCACUGGGUGUUGACGGUGGCGCCGCGUGGUGGCGGAGCCGGGAAGCUGCAGCCGCCGCCUCCCGCGCGCACCCUGGUGGUGGGACGUAGAACUGAGCUGGUCAGCCGGCUACUGCUCGUACUGAGCUAUUUUAUACGCGAUCAGCUGGUGUCUGAAACCAUGCCGUGGAGUUUCUCCCCUCUGCGUGCUGCUACUUCCACCUUAUCCACCACCGGUCGAGACACUUCCAGUGGCUCUCUUCGAGUCUCUGAAGCACCUAAUGGAGACCUCUCUACCGGCUCGUUACGGGGGUCUGAAGACCCGUGCGGCGGAUCUCUGAGCUCACUGCAGGCUGCCGGGCGUCUAUCCGGCUCCAGCGCGACACUGCGCGCAGAGGAGAGCGGUGCGACGCUCUCGCCGCCGCUGUCAGCGGUCUCCAGUCAGGCACAGACACGGUCGAGGUUUUACGUGCGUUUGGAUGGAGCGGAGGACCCACCGGAACCUCAGCAGCCGCUGGGAAGGAGUCGGUUCUACCUGCCGGUGUCAGUGGCGAGUGAUGAAAACGUCACACGCGCGGAUACGGACUCGGGUUGUGGCUCGGCAGAUCCACCCACUACCGCUGAAGCGCCCACCGUGCCGGCGCUCGUGGUGACUGAUUUAUCCACCUCCCGCCCGGCUGGCGGAGGUACCCUCGCCCCACCUAUAACCACCGUGACUCAAUCCCGAUCCUGUGAGCCGCUAUGUCGACCUUCUGCGCCCCUACCGCCUCCCUCCGGGCGUCGCCUCUCCCGGUCGUCGGCUGAUCUCCGCGCGCCGGUACGAUUUGUCGUCGGAGGCGAUGAGGAACCGUCAGAACCGACGUUGGACGUGACAGACGCGACGGCGAACGUCCCCCCGGUCGUGACGCAGCGUCCGACUCGACCGGUCGUAACGUCGGAGAGUUCGGAUGAUGACUCUGGUUUUGCUGGGUGCGAGCGGUGCUCAGGACGAAGUGCCGCUGUUGAAAUUCCUCCCCCUCUGCCGGCGGCGGGAGGGAAUCACUCUCCCCUCAGUCGACGCCAUAGUGAUUCAAUACGCGAUACAUCUCAGUAUCUACGUGGAUAUCGCUCGCUACGGUUCGCGCAGCAGUCGGCGGGCUGGGCGGCGCGGAAGGCUCGACAUGUGUCGGACGGAGGAUCGCCCUCGCCACCGCCUGAACCGCCGCCGCCGCCUCCCCCGUCACCGCCACCACGAGAGGUGCCUUCACCGGCUGUGGGGAGGCUUUGUCGGUGUUUAGAGAGGACACCCGAGAGCCCCGUCAGGCUUCAGCAACAGACGGCUCUUCUGGAGUCUGGCCGCGGCGGGCCGGGCCGGCAGUCCCUCACCCCCUGGUCGGCUCUCGGCGGAGGCGGCUCUACCUACGUCCCCGACCUGGCCCUCUGGGGCUGUGACACUCGUGCCGCCUGGGAGUCUCGUCUGCGACCUGACCUAGCCGCCGCUGCUAGUAGUGGGGAGAUUUCCUGUGUACUGGCCGAUACAGACUCAUACUCCGUUCAAGUGCUCUCGUCACACGCGUUCGCCGUGUGUGACGCCGGGGGAGGUUUGAGCGGCCUGGCAGUGGUGUUUGCUCCGCUGGUGUCGGCACUAGUCGAGUCGGUGUGUCGGGUGCACGAGACUGGUGCGCCGGCACCACUGGUGUUGAGACACCUGGAGAGUCAGCUGGUGCAACUGACGGCGAGGGCGGCGGAGAUGGCGCAGUUUCUCAUCAAUAGCAGUCUGGCUAACAUGCAGGAGCUCACCGAGCUGAUGUCGGUCGACUCUAACGACGUACCCCUGCUGCUCUCUGCCGCCUCUGUGCUCUGUCCGGAAGUGGGCAGCAAGUACGGAAUCUCAGUAAGGUGACCCGACCCCACACACCGGUGUAUGCCCGCUUCACCCACCGGUCAGGGCUGCUGACGCUGACUGCGUCGUUAGAGGGUUCUCUGUAACGUAUGAGCGCCAUUUUGGGUCAUUUGUGCGUCAAAGGGGACAAUAAGAGCGCGUCCUGGACCGUGUGGGCGCCCUCGAGACAGAGUGAGCGCUCUCUGGGCUGGCUGGGCGCCAUGCGGCACGUAUGGGCGCCCUGCAUACCGUAUGGGCGUUCCAUGAGCCGUAUGGGCGCCAUAUGGGCCGUGUGAGCGCCCUCUAGACCUAUGGACGCCCUCUGGCUUGUGUGGGCGUCAUAUGGACCGUAUGAGCACCGCAUGGACCUUAUGGGCGCCGUAUGAACCUUAUGGGCGCCAUAUGGCCCUUAUGAGCGCCGUCUGGGCCGUAUGGGCGCUCUUUGGAUCGUGUAGGCGCUCUCAGGCGCUUGUGGUUGCCCUGUGGACCGUGUGGGCGUCCCUUUGGACCGUUUGGGUGCCUUGUGGGCGUCCCGACUGCCCUCCUUCGCCCCGACUCCCGACCGUGUGCCCGUGUGGGCGUCCCUCUGGACCGUGUGGGCGUCUUGUGGGCGUCCCUGUGGACCGUGUGGGCGCCUUGUGGGCGUCCUGACUGCCCGGUGGCUGUGACAGCUAUAGUGCAUAUCGCGAGCUUCCCUGCCAAUCGCCGUCGUGAACUGAUCCGCGGCGCCUGUUAGCACAAAAGGCGCCCUGGGAGGAGUGUAUGGGGGCGUCUGACUGCACAGAAGACGCCCAAAGGACAGCACAGUGGUUGAAUGAACCGUCGUUGAAGAAGCGCUUGAUCUGACGUGUAAACUAGUUGAUCUGCCGGAGAAGUGUUAACUGCCCUUGUUUCGUCAUGUUAUUGCACAAGUGUAAUUUUGAAAAUUGUGUGCUGAAUGUGGGACGUUAUGAGUAUCUUCUGUUGGUAUACGUUUGGAGCUAAUGAUUUUUUGGGGUGGGAUUGAUAAAUUGAGGCGAGUUUUCUUCGUUCAGUUUUAUAUUCAAGAAAUUAGAACUAAAAUAUUAUCCCUUUCACAAAAAUCUGAAUUAGGCUCAUUUUAAACCCUCAAAAUAUAUAUUUUUCAAUGUCACGAGCAAACUACUUUGGAUGCGUCUGGCUCGUUGCUUGCCUUAUCUGAGGUGUGUUUGGAACCAACGCUCAGCCCACAGCUAAAUACUUUUCCUUUCCAGUUUCGCGAUAUAAGCUUGUGUCCGACCUGAGGCUUGUUUCCCUCGCAUAGCCUUUGAGGAUCCGUAACAGCGGAGCGAACAACCGCCUUGCAACUCUAAGAUGUCAAAGCGCGCCAAAACUUGUCUCGUUUUGUCCAUUCUCUCCCGCAUAUUGUCUGAACCCCUCUGGUUAGGGCCGCUAAACUGGCGGCUACAGACUUGUUCGAACGGAAAAUAUGCCUGGGAAGGGGAGGAGAAGAGGAGAUUUUCCAUUGCCAUCUCUCUGGUGGUCUAAGGGCGUCCCCCUUGUCUUAGUGUAAUCAUAGUCCUCCUCUCAGGAAUUAAUCGCCGUAUAAUUAGAACGGGAGCAGAAUUCGUGUUUCCCGCUUUAGGACAGUCUAUCCCAUAUUCGUAGGACCGUUAAUCCCAUUGUUGGGACACUACGUCCUGCUGGGACAAUCUGUCUCAAUUUGGGACAGUUUGUUCCAAUGUUGGGACCGUCUGUCCCAUGUUGUGACAGUCCUACCUGCUGUUGUGACAGUCUGUCCCAUCGUGGAAACAUCUGUCACAUUUUGGAACCGUCUGUCCCACUUUGAGACCGCCUGUCCCUUUGUGGGAUAGUAUGUCCCAUCAUGCGACUGUCCGUCCCAGUCUGACGCCCCCACAUCUGUUUAUUAUUGUCCGCUGCGCAACGUUUAAGCAGUGUUUAGUUCCCCCAUGACAUCAGUCCCGGCUGCCAUGGUAGGGAAUGUACUGGUCGGGGACUGGUCGGGAUUUCCCAGUGUGUGGGGAGGGCGACUGAUGCGCUUCCCCGUGUCUCAGGGUGUCGAGAGUGUGUGUAUUUAUACGUACGGCCUAAGGGCUGCAAUACAUGAGGCAGAAUUGG